AUGUCUGAAUACCAUGAGGACAGUUCAUAUGAAGGGUCUACUGAUGAUGAAGAUGCAGUAACUAGGUUUAGCAAGCACAUGAAGUUUCAACAGUUUGCAUAUGGGGAUAAUGGGAAAAUCCACUUUAAAGUUGGUCAAGUGUUUGAGGGAGUUGAUCACUUUAGGAAGGUGUUUCGAGAUUAUGUAAUUCAGAGGGGGUUUUCUGUUAGGAAGAUUCACAAUGAGAGAAGAAGAUUUAAGGCCAAAUGUAAGCAAGCAAACUGUCCAUUUCAUCUAUAUGCUACUUUGAUGCCUGAUGAUGUGUCUUUUCAGAUUAGGAAGUAUAGGCACACACAUACAUGCAAGAGGGUUUAUAAUAAUAGAGAGGCAACAAGUGCUUGGGUGGCUGAAAAAAUGGGAGACUUCAUCAGAUCCCAAAAGGGUUCAUCAAUUAAGCCAUUGGUAGACACGUUGGGUAGGAAACACUAUAUGCAGUUGCCUAGAUCCAAACUUUAUAGAGCUAAUAAGCUGGCAAAUGGGAGGUCAAACAAGCUCCAUGCAAAGUCCUUUACUGGUUUGUUAAAAUAUGAUCACACUGUCAAACAUACCAACCCAGGUUUCAUGUAUAAUGUGAAAUCUGUUAGUCCAAAAGGGAUUCCAAACUUUCAGAGGUGUUUCUUAGGAUUUCCAGCACAAAAGAAGGGGUUUAUAGAGGGUUGUAGGCAUUUUAUAGGUGUGAAUGGUUGCCAUCGUAAAGGGCCUUAUGGUAGAGUACUGUUGUCAAUAGUUUCUAUGGAUGCUAAUAGUGGCAUUUUCCCAAUAGCAAUUACCAUUUGUGAGAUAGAGAACAAGGAAUCAUGGAGAUACUUUAUGACCUUGUUGAAGGAGUUUAUAGGGGACAUUGACCCUAUCACUAUCAUGAGUGAUAGACAGAAGGGUUUGGUGGAUGCUAUACAGACCUGUUGGCCAAAUGCUAGUGUUAGACAUUGUGCUAGGCAUGUUUAUGCUAACUUUAGGAAAAAAUUCCCUGGGUUGAGGUUAAAGAACUUGUUUUGGGCUGUUAGUAGAGCUGUCAAUAUCAUUGAUUUUCAGCAAGCCAUGGAAAAGGUUGAAGCUGUAGAUAGAAAAGCUCAUAGGUAG